CGCGGUCACGCUCGCCAGUAAUACAAAGACUGAAAUUUAUUUGUAAGUUUUUAGAAGACUGUUUGUAUGUGAUGCUGUCACGAAGAGAUAAACUGUUGCUGCAGCCCUGGGAGGAGAGGAGAUUCAAAGAUCAUCGUCUGAAAGUAAAAUCCGCACUGCCCGCCAUCGACGACCGUGCGCCGGCCUCGCGUCCCCACGUGGUCGUCAAACUGAAGAAAUGUCAACGCGAACUGGAUCGGAAGAACAAAAUCCAGAGCGACAACUUCAACCUGCUUCAAAGGCUGCGUGCCAUCAUGAAGGUCAACCGGCUGGAUAACCACUGGGCUAAGCCAUUGCCGAACUUCCAGAAUAAAGUGGGUGUAUUCUUCGAUGUGGCGUCGCUGAGUGCGCGACUCACGGCUCGCUCGGAGAUGGAGGAGUCUUCCGAAUCAUCCUAUGACAAUGUCAAGUGUUACGCGUGCGAAUUGAACAAGAAAAAGUUUAGCCCCCAAAACGACCCCAAGACGAGAAGAGUCCCUGCCCUCACUUAAACUGAAAUAAAAC